AUGAAAGGCGAGAAGAAGAAGAAGAAGAAGAAAGGAAAAGCUUUCACUUUUUAUCAUUGCUACAAAGAGCUCAAGGAUGAGGAGAAGUGGAAAAUUAGGGAGACUUUUGAUGCUUCAAAGAAGAAGAGUGUGGUGACUGAGGAUGAAGAAGAUGUCGCCGGUGAGGAAAGAAGGAGCCCCACUCCUCACUCCGCGAUGAAAUCUUAUAGGCCCGAUGGAAACAAGAAAGUGAAAGGAGCCAAGGCCGGAGACAAUGAUCUCAAGGAAGGAUUUGAUGCCAUUGUUACGGCAAGGAAAGAGUACGCCGAAGAAAAAAGAAUGUUGAAGCUCAAGGAAAUAAAGGAGAGGAGUGAGGCCAAGUGGCGGAGGGCGGUGGCCAAGGAGAAGAGGGCGGCGGCCGAGGAGAGGUUGGCAGCGGUCGAGGAGAGGAAGGUGGACCUAGAGGAAGAAAAGGCCGCAGCCGAGGAGAUGAAGAUGGUCGAGGAGAAGGCACUCAAGUUUAUGUUUAUGGACACAUCUACUCUUGAUCCCAAGGCAAAGGCCUAUGUUGAACUUCGUCGUGAUAAAAUUCUCAUGAAGAAGCAAAUGCUCAUGAGGCAAAUGAUGAUGGGAGGUGGCAUGGGAGGAGGCAUGGGAAGUGCCAUGGGAGGAGGCACGAGAGGUGCCAUGAAUGGUGCAUUUGGCGGAAACACGGGAGGUGGCUUCGGUGGCAACAAGGAAGGUGGUUUUGGUGGCAUGGGAGGUGGCUUCGGAGGCAACAUGGCCGGCAUGGGAGGUGGCUUUGGCGGCAACAUGAUGGGUGGCUUCGGAGCUGGCUAUGGCGGCAACAUGAGUGGCGUUGGAGGUGGCUUCCUUGGCAACAUGACUAGCAUGGGAGGCAAUGAAGGUGCUUCCGGUGGUGCUCCCGACAACGAGAUUUCACCGCUUCACAACGUCGACAAAGAAGCCGGUGAUGAUGAUGAUUGUACCACGGUUCACAACGCCGGUGGUGUUGAUGACAUGCAUGAAUGA